AUGGGAAAGGCUGAGUUUGGAACUCCGAAAUACAUCGCCAACCGCAUGAAGUCACGCGGGCUGCAGAAACUCAAGUGGUUCUGCCAGGUAUGCGAGAAACAGUGCCGGGACGAGAAUGGAUACAAAUGCCAUGUUCAGAGCGAAAGCCAUCAACGUCAAAUGCUGCUGCUGGGUGAGAAUGCACGAAAGCACAUUGGCCAAUACUCCCGCGACUUCCAGACGGACUUUCUGUCCCAGCUGCGAAUGUCUCACGGAGAGAAACGGGUCAAUGCAAACCGCUUCUACAACGAGUACAUUCAGAACAAGGAGCAUGUCCAUAUGAACGCCACCCAAUGGGCCAGCUUGUCUGCGUUUGUGAAACAUCUGGCCGACAAGAAGAUUUGCCAUGUGGAGGAAACAGACAAGGAAGGGCUGACUAUAGCCUAUAUUGACAACUCGGCUGCUUCUCUGGAACGAAAACAGAUGGCAGCCAAGAAGUCAGGUGCUGAAGAUACCGAGACCAUGGAGCGCAAACGAAUCGAGGCAGAGGUCAAAAAAGCAAAAGAGAACGGUGUGGUUGAGGAAGUCAAGGAGGCUGUGCUUACUAAGACAGAUGCUCCUAUCCAAUUGUCUCUGGGGUUGAAGAAGGCGGAGACACAGCCGGAGAAGCCUAAGGUGAAGAAGAACCCCUUUGGAGCUGCUAAGUCCAAGGUGUCAAAGCCAAAGCCUGAAAAGGCCGAGAAGGAUGAUGUCUUCAAGAAGCUGAUGCUUCAGGAUAUGAAGAGAAGGUAA